AUGGCGCCCUCUCUCGUCCAGGCCUACAGGAGGCGCUGGUGGAUGGCGGUGACGGCGGUAAUUGAAAACUUACUGUGUUCGGCUGUGCUGCUGGGCUGGGGCUCCCUGCUCAUCAUGCUGAAAAGAGAAGGCUUCUACUCCCACCUGUGCUCAGUCAACGAGUCCGUGGUCGUGUCUCUGGGCAACUCAUCUGGCAGUGAGGUGGAAGAGUGGCUCAGCUGUGUGGACCAGGAGGAGAUGCUGAAUCUGGGCUUCACAAUUGGCUCAUUCUUGCUCAGCGCUGCCACCCUGCCGCUCGGUAUCCUGAUGGACAAGUUUGGGCCACGCCCACUUCGCCUGGUGGGCAGUUCGUGUUUCGCUCUGUCCUGUGGUAUGAUGGCCAUAUCUGCCCAUGACCCUCAUGUUCUGUCAGAGCUCAUUUUCUUGGCUCUCUCCCUGAACGGCUUUGGAGGCAUCUGCUUGACCUUCACCUCUCUCACGCUCCCCAACAUGUUUGGUUCUCUGAGCUCCACCAUCAUGUCUCUGAUGAUUGGUUCUUACGCCUCCUCUGCUGUCACCUUCCCUGGAGUCAAGCUGAUCUACGAUGCCGGCGUGUCCUUCCAGGUUAUCAUGUGGGUGUGGGCGGGUCUUGCCGGGUCUGUCUUUUUCAACUGUUUCCUCAACUGGCCCACAGAAGGUUUCCCAACACCUGACGAGGUAGACUACAGCAAGAUCCUAACACUACAAGAGCUGCCUUCGUCAGACCAGAAGGUUGUUGGAAAGAGACUGAGCCAGAAAAAUGGAGACGUCCGACACUCGACAGAGAAACUUCCUAAUGGAACUGACGCUGAACCCAACGCUGUUCCCUUCCGUCGGUCUGUGUUCUCUCCCAUCUUCCUGUGGAGUCUGAUUACCAUGGGGAUGACCCAGUUGAGGAUCAUCUUCUUCAUGGGGGCGAUGAACAAGAUGCUGGAGUUUAUGGUCACCCACGGUAAAGAGCAUCCAUCUGAGCAGCUGGUGAUAGAGGCAAAAGAGAAAGUGAGUUUCUACUCGUCCAUUUUUGGCACACUGCAGCUUCUGUGCCUGGCCACAUGUCCUCUUAUUGGAUACAUCAUGGACUGGAGGAUGAAGGAGUGUAAAGAGGACAAGACUGUCUCCCCAGCUACAGAGCAGAGACAGACCAGUGGACCCAAGAGAGACAGUAAGAUCCAGAAAGUGACAAACGCCAUGAGAGCCUUUAUUCUCACCAACAUGCUGCUGCUCAUUUUUGGAUGCUGCUGCCUCAUAGACAACCUGCCUCUACAGAUCUUGACCUUCAUCCUCCACACUAUGGUCCGAGGCUUCAUCCACUCCUGCUGUGGAGGCCUUUAUGCUGCUGUCUACCCGUCCAACCACUUUGGCACCCUGACAGGCCUCCAGUCCAUGAUCAGCGCUGUGAUCGCUCUGCUGCAGCAGCCCCUCUUCAUCGCCAUGGUGGGACCACUGAAAGGAGACCCGUACUGGAUCAACCUCGGCCUGCUGAUCCUCUCAUUGGCUGGCUUCCUGUUGCCGGGUUACCUGUUCUACCACCGCAGACAACUGGUGAGGGAAAAGGAGGCGAGAGACAAACGGGCCGCCGAACAGGAAAUGCUGGUGCUCAACCACAACGAGGCCAACGGCUACAAACCUCACAGCAACGGCCUCACUGCCGUAGAGGCUUAGAGCGAUUUGGGGAACUGUAGGAUUUAUUUUUGGAUGUGCCUUCAAAAUGAGCAUCAGCGAUCCACUCAUCCACACAUAUUUACAGUGUUGUUGUUUUUGGACAUUGCUGGUGCACAUUUUGCUCACCAUAAACCAUUUCACAGAGCAAAUACAAUCCUCUUUUUUAUAUGACUCAGAAUUAGACUUUAAGUUACUUGUGAUUUUGGGAGAAUCAGUGUCAUCAUCAUUUGUAGCUCUUUAUUUAUUUUCAGUUUAGUUCAAAGAGCCAAAUUAGCGUGAUUUAAAGCCAUAGAUUUCACUCAUAAGCACACGCAAAGACACAUGCACACAUCCCAGUAUGGCCUGUGUGUCAGAACUGUGGAUAUCACGGUACUUGAAAUACUGUUACAUAGUUUCAUCACAAUCACAAUCCUCACUGACACCAAAGAACAGCUUAAAGACACUAGGAGAGCUACACAAUCUACUUCAGUAUUGUUUCAGAAGUGUGUUUACCGAAGCAAACUCUUAGUAUAUUGUGCUGUUUCUACUGUAAUCCCUUAAGCAAAAGCUAUCUAUAAAACACUGUUAAACGCAUACAAGCUGGCGAAGAAAAUGCAAAGCAUGUGAACAUCUGAAUACCAGAUUUCUGGUACAUGUGAAGAAGCUUUUGGGACAUUUUCAGAGCCCAGUUAUUCACACACACACACAGAUAGGCUGGUUGUAGAGACACCUCAUCUACCUCCUCUGUUUCCUUUUUUGUACUGUCUCUCUGCAGCCGACCCCUAUGUCUGUCCAUCUGUUUUUCUCACAUUAGGAAAUGUUAAUAAUUUGAUAGUCAAAACACCCAAAUUGAAUUUCUCCUUGUGCAGUCAUGUUCUUUAGAGUAUUACUGAGUCAGCCCUUUGUAUUUCUGCAAUUUUGAUAUGUAAAAAAAAAAACAUUUUAUGGAAAUUUAACGAGGAAAAGUAUGACUGAUUUUUAAAUUCUGACACACAGUGUGUGUCAAAGUUAAUGAAACACUUUGUACUGCUUUAUGCACAGAAAUGAACUAGUGUGUGUAUGAAUAUGUAUUUAAGUGUCUUUUUAUACUCUAGCUGCAGUAGCAUUGAAAAGGGAAGCGUUGGUUUCAGCAUCAGUAAAUGUUCUUUUGUAGUGUGCUAAUUAUAAAUGAAGCUCAGAUGAUUGGAGAUGUGUAUUCUGCUUUUGCCUUUUUGCGUUAGUCAUGUAUUGAUUUUGGAGCAAACCAACAUCCACCAGAAUUAUUUUUUGUAGAAGGAACUGAGGUGUGUCUUGUAUUUUAUUACAUAUUCUGCUUGCUUUACUAGAUAUGGGUGUGUACAGUAUAUUAACUGAUGGCCGAGGAGACACUGGCUGUGGCUAAACUUGAUUUUUUUUCCUGUGAUUUUUCUGCUUGGAUGCUCAAAUUCACAUUAAAAAGACAAAUCUAGCUGCAGCCCUUGAUCCCUUUUUUUCAACUGGCUGCUGCAGAUCAAAACAGAAAAAUUUGCGUUCUUCAUGUUGGUUCUGCACACAGCAACAACACGAUGUAGAUCUAUGCAAUCAGCUGUAAUGUAUAAAUUAUAUAUUUUUUUGACUCUAUCCAUUUCGGUGUCCGGACAGCUCAAGCAGAUUUUCCCUUUCUUUUCUGAUGAACUUCUCUCCUGCUGUCUGGUUCAGCCUCUUGAAUCUUUGCUCUCUCACUUUAAAGGAGAUUCUGUUUUUGUUUUAAGUACGUGCCUUUUUCCAUAAACCAAAGCCAUGUAUAGGGACUGCAAGCUAGUCGACAGGACGGCACUUUUCCUCAGGAGAACACACCGGAAUGCCUUACAACACAAUACUUUAAUCAUGCAGUAAAUACCAGUUUGGUUAAAAUGCUUGGUUUGUGUUGAUUGUCCCAGGUGUUGAUUCAGCUUGGUUGUCAUCUCUGAGGAUGUACUUUGAGUAGUUUAGUUUAAAUGCUGUUAAGUGCAGUAAGCAUUUCAAUCUGUGUUUGAGGUUUUCCUGUUCAAUUAAGGUUGUUUCAUUCCUCUGUCUGUAGUACAGUAUUUUGUAAUGUUUGAGACAAAUGUACCAACAAUUCCAGUAAGAACUAUCUAACCUUUUGGUACGUCACUAAGUUGCUGUUAGCCCUCUAUUAAACCUGACAAAUACUGCCAAAUGGCGUUUAAGGUAAUGUGACUCCCUUGUACUUACCAAUAGUUGCAGCAUGAAUCAACACCUCUGACAAUCUCUUACACAAAAUUAAAUCAUCUAAUAUUUUAAGACUAUCAUCUACAGUGGCUCACCUCAUCUCUCAACCCUUGGGGUUAAAGCGUUGGUAUGUCAUGCUAAAUAUGCACCUUUCUUUCUUGCCUUCAACCAAUAUCCAGCUUAUGUAUUUGAUAAACAAAUAAACAUAUGAAUGUAAACGUA